UAUCAAUAUCUAAUAUUACUUUUAUUUAGUUGAUGGUCAAAAUGUAACAAUUUUGACCCAAGUCUAUGCACGAAAUUGCCCACCUGUAAAAGGGUGAACAAAGUGGCAUGUCCACUUCCUCUAUAUAUAAUACCCAUCUAGUCAUUCAUUCACUCACUCCCACAUAGAAUUACCACCAACCCAAACAUUAGGAAAAAAUGAUAAGUUGGGAUGACGUGUACAAGGUGGUGGCCACCAUGGCCCCACUCUACGUGGCGACGGUCUUAGGUUACGGUUCGAUUCGGUGGUGGCACAUUUUGAAACCGGACCACUGCGAUGCAAUAAACCGGUUCAAUUGUUUCUUCGUCUUCCCAUUCUUCAGCUUCUAUUUCCUCUCUCAGGUCAAUCCUUACCGGAUGGACUAUCCCUUCCUUGCCUCAGACAUUGUCACGAAAUCGGCGGUCAUUGUCGCCCUUGCCCUGUGGGCCAACUUUGCCAAAAAAGGAGGCCUCGAUUGGUCCCUCACGACCUUCUCAUUGUCUUCCAUGAACAACACCCUCGUAGUAGGUGUCCCGUUGUUGCAAGCCAUGUACGGGCCGUUGGGCUACGACAUCGUUCUCCAAGCCGCUGCCAUUCAGGCAGCAUUGCCACAAGCUGUAACUUCAUUCGUUUAUGCCAAAGAAUAUGGAAUCCAUGCCGAUGUUCUCAGCACAUCGUAGGUCGUAAACUAAUAUUUUCAUUAAAUCCAUUUAAUUAUUAAUUUCGUCCAAUGUAUUCGUCUAGUUUGAUUUUUUUGAGUCAAAACAGGCGUGUCUUUAAGAUAUGUAAUUUUUGUGUUAUUUUCUAAUUAUGACUCAAUUAUCCUACUCAUCUACCUUAUCCAACUUUAUUAUAAAGUAUAGAUAAAAUUAAAAAAUAUCACCAAAAUUACUCAUUUUAAAAGCGUGUCGUUUUUCAAACAUGAAGGAUUUAUAUAAUAAAUUUUAUUAGAUUUA